GGCAUUUGAGAGGAAGUUUAGUUUUGAGCGUGCGCGCUUACAUCACGACGACCCAAGUCACCGUGAUCCAGGCUGACAUCGCUCACUCAAUCCGACUCAACGUUCGUUCCAUCCAACAGGGGAGACUCAACAAAGACGGACUUUCAACCAGUUCUGGUAAAUGGUGAGCGCACGAUCGUCCCAAGAAGACUACAUGGUACAAGUUAAGGUUUGGCCAAAACAACCUUUUAAUCAGAGCCGAUGUAUCUGAAAGCCGUCCCGACCUUUUAGUAAAAGUCCAAAAGGGUCCUCACCUUCUCCUUGUAGCGAGGUCUACUACUCACUGCUGAUUGGGUCUCUGUGGAUCCAGAUGUGUCCUGAAGUCACUCUUACAGAAGAGAGAGUGUCGACAGGAAGUCAACUGAGCGGCUCAGUCAACCGAUCGCACAGGCCACACUGAUCAAGCUCCCAGAUUUCUACUGAUUCUUCUUCCCACCACAAAGAGAAACAACCAUGCUGACAAGAAGAGCCUCCCGUCUCCAGGAAACCUCCCUUUGCAGCGAGGAGACAGAAACCUCCCUUUGCAGCGAGGAGACAAAAAACUCCCUUUGCAGCGAGGAGACAAAAAACUCCCUUUGCAGCGAGGAGACAGAAACCUCCCUUUGCAGCGAGGAGACAGAAACCUCCCUUUGCAGCGAGGGGACAAAAACCUCCCUUUGCAGCGAGGAGGCCCCACCAGCUGCUCCGAGUAUCCUGCAGCGGAUAUUCAGGUAUCUCAUCCCGUGGAGUCGACCUCCCACGAUGACCCCAGAACUUCGCCAGGAGCCAAGACACCAGAACGACUCAAUCCACACAGACACAAACCAGGAAGUGACACGUAAGCAGGAGCCCGCCCCCAAGAAGGAGCCCGCCCCCAAAAAGACCAAAAAACACUUCAAAGUCAACAUUAAGAUGACCAACAAAACCUGGAAAUCAAUGCUCAUGUAUUUCCUCGUCAUGCUGCUGUUUGCUGGCGGAGUGACGCAGUUCGCACACCUCAGCAUCCAGCUGCGUGACGCCCGGCAGCAGAUAACGACGCUCUCACAGCUGGUGAGCCGCUUCAGUCCCGUCGCAGACACCAUGCCAAACUUUGCCCAAGAGUCGCAGGGAGCCAGCGUCCUCCCCCGCCUGUCCUCAUACACCUUCCGGACCACGAGAAAAGAAAUGAUGGUGGAUGAGCUGCUCUCUUGGUUCACAACAUCCACAGACCACCAGAGACUGAUCCAGGAUCGCUCCAGGUCGUCUCCAGGAAAAGCCUGGUGCUUCGCAGGGGCCGAAGGACACUCCGUCGUCUCCUUGUCCCACCCAGUCAAGAUCACGCACGUCACACUUGGCCACAUCACAAAGCAACAGUCCCUCACCGGAGAAAUCCACAGUGCGCCGAAAGAGUUCUCCGUCUACGGAAUGGCGAACAAGGACGAAGAAGGCAUCCAGCUGGGGACCUUCACGUACGACCAGGACGGCCCGGCCUCCCAGACCUUUGAGCUUCCCAACCCAGUCAAAGACGUCUUCAGCCACGUGAAGCUGCAGAUACGGAGCAACUGGGGGAAUGAAGAGCAGACGUGCCUCUACAACUUCAGGGUCCACGGUAUCCACAUGUAAGGGAAAGGGGGGGUGGGGGGUGAAAGGUGAACCAACCGCAAACCAUCCAAGAACAAAUGUAAUAUAAUAAUAGUAAUAUAAUGUGCCAUUGAAUAGAAUGUAAAUACAUAUUUUUAUACAGAAACAUAGACAUAUAUUUUUUAGAUAAUUAAUGUAGAAUGUUCACAGAUGUGUUAGGGUUGGUUCCCCUCUCACAGGGCAGAAUUGUGGCUUAGGGGUUAGGGGGUUAGGGGUUAGGG